AUGGCUUCGGCCCCGGCGGCCCCCAUCGAUCGUAGAGGCAAGGGUUCGAAACGGUCUUCCAAUUCCUACACCAGUGAAGAGUGGCGGAGACACCGCCCUCUAAUUACCCGUCUAUACUUUGAAGAAGGCCGGACUCUCAAGGAUGUUGCAGAGUAUUUGAAAAAGGAAUUCGAUUUUGCGCCUACAGAGCGCAUGUACAAAAGCCGACUUCACACAUGGGGCCUCGACAAGAAGAAGAAGGAGCAUGAAAUGCUCGAGUUGGUCCGUCAGGGGCUGCAACAGACAGGCGACAACAGGGAUAAGGUCUUUCUAGUCCGAGGCAGACAGGUCACCCUCGCUGACGCCCUCCAUUACUUCAACCGAAAAGGCAUCAAAGACCCUUCUAGUCUGCUUGACAACCAGCCUGAUGCGCCUGGAGAGCUCUCAUCGCCCGAGGACACCGGUGCCAACACCCCUCUCUCCUCUCACGACAGUAUGCUCGACGGCCCCAAGGAUGGUUCCGACUACGAAUUCACCAGGAGCCCAAUAAAGAUGGAUGAGGAUGACAAGUCACUGCUUAAUACCAUUCCCUUCGUGUCACCAGCCGCCAACUUCGCCGAACAACGGCUUUCCACUUUGCAGGCGGCCCUGAACAUACCCGAGCUCCCGCCCAUGCCCCCAUUCCGGACGGUGGUGGUGGAAUCGUUCGUGGCCCAAAACCCCGUGUCGCCGGAGGAUCAGCGGUAUCUCGACGUGAUAUUCCAAAACAUGCAAAGCCACUACAUGACUCUCUUUAGUGCCCGGAAUAUGUCCAUCCAAAACACAACCGGAACGUGGACGGCCACCUCGGAUGAUGCACUCGCCGACCGCUUUUACUAUUCCAUGUACCAUGGCUAUUCGUUCCUUUGGAACGGCCAGGAAAAGCGUGCGUUCGAAAGUUUCUACAAGGCCUUCGCCCUGAUUGAGGGCCUCCUAAAAGAGGACCAGGUCGGCUUCAUGAUCUACGUUUUCGACCUGAUCAUCCGACACGACGACACUGGGUAUGAAGAACCUCUGUUGAUGCUCUUGCGACACCUUGCCGACAUGGCCAAGGCAGUGUUUGAAUCGACAGAACACCCCAUCUACCUCGUUGCAAACUACCUGAACCACGCACCUAUGUCUCGAGCCUGGCUGGCCGAGUCGACGUUGCGAAGACUGCUCGACUUCUUUCAGGACAGCAUUGGCUACUUCCAUCCAGAAACCAUAGCCUUACUGCAGACCUUUGCCACUAGUCUGAUGAACCGGAAACGAUUCCCCGAGGCUGCCGUCCGAUUCCUACAGCUGGUGGAUGCCUUUGAGACAACCUUGAGUAGGAAAUGCUAUGAGGUGUGUUAUGCCCUGCGAUCCGCUUCGGAAGCCUAUUUCCACAUGGGACAAUACAUGCCGGCCCUCCAAGCUCUCAAGGCGGCGCUGGAACGGGCUGAAACCCUGCCCAGGGCGGAAGAGCGGGAGAUCUACGUUCGAUGCCUGAGAGGCAUGGCCGAGAUCUCCCACAAGCUUGGUCGCAAAGAGGAAGCCACCGAGACGAUGCAAUAUGUGGUUGACAUAUGUGGGGAUGCCUUUGGGCCCGAACAUCCCUUUACGAAUCGGGCCAAGAUGCAUCUCAAAUCGAUUCUGAAGGAUGAUGCCGCGACUGUGUCUGCGAUCCCACCCAUGGUCUACAGAUUAGGGCGUGGAGGCAAUGCGGCUAAAUAUAUUUGGAUUUCCAGGUCCAGCCCGACUCGAUUACAGGCUUGA